AUGGCAAUAAGUGAUUCACCUGAACGACAAAUGACUCUAUCGCAAAUCUAUCACUAUAUUGACGCUCGUUUUCCAUACUACCGUAAUUGUGAUCCAAAAAGACGUCAAGGAUGGCAGAACAGCAUCAGGCAUAAUCUAUCCUUAAACGAUUGUUUUAUCAAGAAAGCACGUGAUGGUGUUGGACCAGCAAAUGAUCGUAAGGGAAACUUCUGGACAUUAUCACCAGAUAGUAUCAAUAUGUUUGAUAAUGGAAAUUUCAAAAGGAGACGACGAAUGAGGCGUAUGUCAAAAUGUACUGGCACAGAAGACAAAACGCUGAAUUUACAACCUUGGUUCUUACAGUAUAUGCAACGACAGGCGCAACAACAGCUUUUGGUCCACCCACCAACAAUGUUUCAUUUACCGGACAACUAUGGACAAACAGGUAAUAUUUGUUGGGCUACUCCACCAGCGCAAAUCAUGGAACAGAAGACUAUAUUACAUAAUAAUUCAUCUGUACUACCUGCAACUAUUCAUCCAUCACCAACAACAAUUAUUUAUCGAAGUUCUGAUGAACUUUCGGGAGCUUGGACAAACACAGUUAUUCAACAGCAACAACAACAGCAACUGCCUCCACCCAUGCAAACAUUAGAGCAUCCAUCCAGUAUCAUCUAUGAAAAGUUGGACGAAUAUCCAUCUUAA